CCUGCUGGAACACCUCUACGAGAGGAUGAAUAAAAACAGGACCAUGCCAUGCACUCAGAGUCAGCUGGACUCGUUCCGCCUGAUGAGGUAUGAGCUGUCUACAGGGAAGACCUGCCCAGCUACCCACAAUACACUGCUGCAGCAGAGACACAACGCCGCCCCUGGGAUGUUUCUGAUGUACAUCAGAGGGAAGCUGCUGUUCGCUGACUACAUCUUCAACGGCUACAGCUGCUCAGUGAGGGACCUCCACAAGCAGAUCUCUAAAACUAGAGGGGACUACAGACAGGGCCAGAGCCUGCCCUCAGACUACAGGUUCAGUGCCCAGGUGAAGAGCCCAGCAGUUGGGGACCCGCCUGGCCAUCAGGGGGAUCAGAAAGUCUCUGAUGGAGGAGAAGGCAUCUCUCAUGGAACACCUGCCUUGUCAAAGAAGGAAAAGUCCCAAACCAGUGAGCGGAAAUUGACUCAGGGACCUGUGACAUCAUCGGUCAUGCUAAAAAGAGACACCACUCUGCUAAAAGUUAAAAAGACUUCUGCUGCAGCCUCACUGCCCGUACUCACACACUGAACACAGGUCAGCUCAAAUCAGAGCUGCAAUGUAAGGUCCUUUCUGGGGUCACAAGUCAUCAAGAGAGACUGGAGAAAAACCUCACCGGAGCUGGGCUAACUGGCUGGAGACAGACAGGCUGCUGGGAGACUGGGACUAAGUCUAAUAUUAGGUGCACUAUACAGUAAAUGUAAUGUGAGAUCUGACUGUGUUACAUCCAUAACUGUCUUGCACACGUCUUGUUUUUGACUGAGUUGAAUUCAACGAAGCAAUGCUCCGCACAGUGAUUUAAUGACACUGAACUUCUGCACUUUAUAGAACUCAGUUGCAUCAUGGAAGAUGUUCCUUCUUUUUCUAUGGUCUACAAAUAAAGACUGUUGUCAAUAUGUGGACGGUUGUCUCCAUGUUAUCUGUCUUCAUAUCC